UCUAAUCAGUUCUUAUGGUACGUAACUCUUCACGCUACCAGGAAAACGUCCUUGGCCGAAUCCUGGAAGAUUCUGCAACAACUUGAACACUUUUUUAAAAAAGUGACAAAAACGAGAACAGACAGUGACUUACUCAAAGAUUUCCACUUCAGACAAACAAACUGAAGGUAUAUAAAGUCUGUGUUUCCAUCUCUGAGACAUCCUGUGAGCAGAAACUGCUGCUGGAACAGACUCUUCAACUAAUCAUCAAAACAAGAUGGCUGCAGGUCUUGUCUUCACUCUGCUUCUUGGUCUGAGCUUUGGACUCUGGGAUGGAGCUGAUGCAGCUCAAAUGAAUGUUGCCGACUGUGAUAAGUGUUCUCCUGGUUGGACUUGGAACGACGGUCGAUGUUUCCUGUAUGUGAAUGUUAAAAUGACCUGGGCUAAAGCUGAGAGACUCUGCCUCUCAUUGAAUGGACAUCUGGCCUCAAUGCGCAGUACAAAUGAGUACAACUUCCUGAGAGACCUUAUCUACAAAGCAAGUGGAGCACACACAACAUCCUGGGUUGGAGCUCAUGAUUCAGCAGAGGAAGGCACCUGGAUGUGGAGUGAUGGUUCCACGUUUCUGUUUCAUAAAUGGGGUCCUGGUCAGCCAAACAACUAUCGUGGAAACGAAAAUUGCAUGGACAUCAAUCUAGGAGGAAACGACCAUGUGAAUGAUGAUACCUGUUCCAAGGCGCUUCCCUUCGUCUGUGCCAGAUCCGUCAAAGCUUCUCAUGUCAUUUAAUCUGAAAUGCCCAUAUGCCUUUCCUGCUCGUGAUGUCACUUCUACCUGGAUGUUAAGCCUCGAAGACAUCACUGCUGGAAGAACCUGAUUCCACUUUAUUUGAUCACUUAAAUAAAUGUUUUCUUUCUCUGAAA